AUGAUCGAAACUUUCGACAUCGCAAAGCUCCGCGAAAAGCUGCUGGCCAAUGCCUCGCAGUGUCCACGGGAGCUCGAGGCCGUGCAGCAACUGGCCGACACGAUAGUGCACUCGAAAGACCAUGAGCUAAAGGCGCUUGUUCCUGAUGCCGCUCGCGCUGUCCGAGACCUCAGUCGCAUCGGGAUCAAAUGUGUUGCAAUAGCAGCUGCAGACACGCGGAAUGUACCAGUGUUAGUGGCGCUCGACGAUCGGUUGGUGCCACUUUUGCACGUAAUGGGGACUUUUAUCGACCGAUUGACGCUUUGGGCGUCACAGGAGGAGAAGGAGAAUGGCGGGGACGACGACGAUGCCAAGGCAUUGAGCCACUGGCUGCCGUUCGUGCUCACGGCCUGUUCCUUUGUGACUGGGGCAGACCUACCAGGAGCUGAGCUGAUGCAGUGUACUGUCGUAGCUGAAAAAGUGCUGGACAAAGCUCUGCUUCUUGUAAAUGCACACGAUCGAGAGGCACUCGUGACGGCAUACGUUGCGCAGAUGGUGGCAUUGUGUGCGCACGACGUGGACAAACAAGAGUGGGUGGCAGUCACAUCAAUUCACAAGCAAGUGUUGCUACAUGUAGUGGAGCACGUGAGAUUCCCACAUCUUGGCGGAGACUUACUUGGUCGGCUGCUAGCACUCACGUUCCCGUUGGUCGACGACCUGACGGACUCGACGCAAUUGAUUGGGGCGCAACUGCUGCGCCAUAUUGUCCAGAAUGUCACGCCUACUGAGCUGCGAUGGUACUCGGACGUACUGCUUGAGGUGCUACAUACUGCAAUUGUUUCCCGCAAACCACGUACUCUUGACGUGUUGCUGGACUGUCUUACCGGAUCCCUCGACAAGGUCUCGCCCCCGGGUGAACUGAAGCACUACGACCGGUUCAUGCCGCGGCUGCUUAGUGACACAAGUCUGUGCAGCGACGUUGCUCUGCGAAUCGUCUUUGUGCGCCACCUGCGUGUUCUCGUGGUCCGCCAGGGAGCACCGCACAGCCUCAACAUCAUUCGCUACCUACAGCCGCUAUUGAAGGUUUUGGUCGCCGGUUUCGAGAGUGUCAAUGUCGCGCUUCUAGUGGAGACACUCGAAAGUGUACGGGCUACAGUACUCGCUGCGUGGCCUCGCAUCGCACCACAUACCGAGCAGAUCCUCGUUGGCUUGUUGCGUGCUGUGGCUUUUUGCGAGCUGCUUGACAAUGGUGCUGACUUUUCGCCAACUUUGGAGCAGAAAGAGCAAGUGCUUGCGCUGUGUGAAGACAGUCUGGACCUGCUGCACCAAGCUAAUGCAUCGAAAGGCGUUGUCAGCGAUAUGCUUGCAACUGUGAGUAAUCAGAGCCCUAAGCUAAUCGCCGUUCUGUGA